AUGGCCGAGGAUGAGGCGUCGUCCUCUCCCUCGCCGUCGGGGCCGCUCUGCCCCUUCCUCUUUAGGAAGUCGGGCCGCCCGGCGCCCGCGGGCCGCCGCCGGAGACGCGGGGCGGCGGAAGGGAGGCCCGACGGCGGCGGCAGCGACAGCGACGAGGGCCCGGCCGCGGUCCGGCCCGACAAGAAGCGGGCCGCCCCCAACCCCAUGAUCCAGAGGAGCGGCGGAGGCCGCGACGACGAAGCCCGCGCCUCGGCCCUGGCCGUGCUCUACCCGUCCAGCCGCUCGGCCAAGCCGGCCGGGCCCGAGGACAUGGGCGCCACGGCCGGCUACGAGCUGGACGCGGCCCGCGGGCCCCGGGGAGCCCAGGCCCCGGGCCGCAAAGGGCCCGUGCGCGCCCCCGAGCACCUGCGCGCCACCGUGCGCUGGGACUACCAGCCCGACGUGUGCAAGGACUACAAAGAGACCGGCUUCUGCGGCUUCGGGGACAGCUGCAAGUUCCUGCACGACCGCUCCGACUACAAGCACGGCUGGCAGAUGGAGCGCGAGCCGCACGGGGACCCCCACGGCGCCCCCGACGCCGCCACCUACGAGCUGAGCAGCGGCGCCGACGGCGAGCAGGGCCGCGCGCCGCCACAGUGCUUCAUCUGCCGCCGGCCCUUCCGCAGCCCCGUGGUGACCCUGUGCGGCCACUACUUCUGCGAGGCCUGCGCCCUGCGCCACUUCCGCUCCUCCCCGCGCUGCUACGUGUGCGAGCGCCACACCCACGGCGUCUUCAACCCGGCCCGAGGCCUCGGGGCCCAGCCCGGGCGACGCCGCGGCCCGGGUGACGACGAGGAGACCCCCGACGCGUCCCCCGACGGCCCUUCCCCCAGCACCUAG